AUGGGUAAGGCUAAAACAUUGUCCACAUUACUACAUACGAGCUGCACUUUCAAAGAAGCAUUUGAAAAUGUUUUUGGUCAAAACAAAGGAAUCCCAGCCCUUGUCUGUACAAGGUGGAACUCAACACCACGACAAAUUAGUGCUAUAACAAGUCUUGGUCAUCAAGCAUUGUGUAAUCUUCUAGAAGAUCAAGUGCAUAACGAAUUAAAGUUCAGCCCAAGGGAGUGGAGCCAGUUGCAAGAACUAGUCGCUAUCCUGCAGCCAUUCCUUGAAGCAACCAACUUGACACAGGUUGAGAAGGUUGUCACUAUCAGCAUUGUGUUGCCCAGUAUCUUGUCAUUGAACCAUCAUCUUGAGGACUUGUCAAAGAACGUCCGGUAUCUGAAUGGCCUAGUCAGAGCUCUCAAAAAGUCACUAUGGAAGAGAGUCCAAGGAAUUUUUGUAACUGUGCACAUGAUGGAAUCAAACCAAGAUUGUACAGAGCUACCAUUUAGUGAUCCUGUUUACCUUUUGUCAGCCAUACUUGAUCCAGGUUUCUGUAUGAUGUGGGCUGAACAUGAUGUGUUGAAAACAGAAGAUGUGAAAGAGAAGGUCAAGAAACGUGCAAAAGGUAAAAAUCAAUUUAAUAUAAUUAAUUUCUUAAUAUUAUUAGUCUGUUCUACUAGCUAAGAAUAUUUUUAUUAAAAUACUAAAAGUCCAGAGCUUUCGAAGUUCGAACUAAACGUUCAUCAUCAGGGUAACAAGACUAAAUUAAACUAGACAAACUAGAAGUCUUAUAUGAGUAAAUAAAUGCAAAUAACAGUAAGUUCUAUAUGAAUAAAUUAUUAAAAUUAAGGACUAAUCUGUUCUCUUUCAACAAUGGCCUAAUAUGAGUAAUAUCAUCCCAACUAAUGCUGUGUCCCGUUUGUUUCACAUGACAUGCUCAUUAUCACGUUAUAUAAUGGUACAUUUUUCACUUUUCAGCCAAACUGUCUUUUUUGUCAUUAAUCUAUAGACUGUGUCAUCUAUGAGAUCUCCCAGGUCAGCGCAGCUUUGUUACAAGGCGACAAUGAUCAAAAUGAUGGUGCAGCAAGUAAUACUGAUGAAGAACGCGAGGAAGGCGUUGUCGAAAAGAAGGUACCUAGACUUUUUGCAGGGUACGAAAGGAAAAACAAAAGCACUACCAACACAUCAGUUGCCUCCCAAUUCAACAAGUACUUAGAGUUGUGCCAGCAAUUUGAUGACAGAAGCCCUAAUGCAAGUCUUAACUUUUGGUUGGCUAACAAGAACAACCUCUCCAAAAUGUUUCCUGUGGCUCUAAGAGUGCUGCCUGUCCCUGCUUCCAGUUCACCUGUUGAACGCGUAUUCAGUCAUGGAGGCAUAAUCAUGCGCCCACACAGAGCUAAGCUAAGUGAUAAAACACUGUCUAAUUUGAUAUUUUUAAAGUGUAACAGUUUGUACAUGAAGUAG